GACAGACUCUCGCUUGGUGCUGCCCGCGCUCCUGCUUGUCUUGAAUUGAUUAGUUUUCCUUCGGCCGCCGCGGGAAUAAAUGGUGCAUGAUGGAGCAGGAUCAGCACUGGCAGCGGGGAAGGCAUAGUAGUUGGUCCAGUGAUGGAAGGGAUGGCGGUGGCGGCCACUCCCCAAGAAGGAUGCAUCACAGUGGUUCACCAUCCCAUAGAUUCAAGCCCAAUAAGCCUGUCUGGGAUGACACAGUUCAGGAUUUGGCCUCAAUGCGGCUAACUCCUGCUGAGCUGGCACGCAAGCUUGCCUCGAGGCAGUCUACCAACAUGGCGUUGGCACGUGCUCAGCUGUUGGACCAGAGUCGACGGUCUGGACCACAAAGUCUGUUCCUACCCCCUGUCUUGGCUGCCAGACUCCAAGCUAGACAACAGAGUGUGGAUUCCAUCCUUGCCCAGUCCAACAGCACCCUUCUUGCCUCUCAGAAGGUGCGUCAGACGGAGGCAACGGUCAGACUGGAAGAAGAGGAGCCAGCGCAUGAGUCAAGGACAGCAGCAGUAGAAUCUGCAUUAGUGGACCAAAAUCAAAAGUCUCAAUUAAAUCCUGACCAUGAAGAGAGAGGUGGUGUGACUACAAAUGACAGCAACUUUACAAUCAAUGUGAAAGCUGGUAAUGAAAAUGAUAAAGGAAAGGCACUUGACCUCCCUGCAAAGGGGGCUUGUAAUCUUGACCAAUACAAAGCAACUUCUCGGACUGAUACGUGUAGAAAUAUUGCCGAACGUAGACAGACAGAGCUGAGGACCGCCAGGGAAACUUCAAGACCAAUAGACAGGAGCCAGAUUGCUGCAACAAGAACAAGCCUUGAUCACACAAUAACUAUGGUGGUAAACACCUGCAGGGAGCUGUGGCUUCAGCUGGAGGAGGAACGGCUCACCCGGGAGCAUCUUCAGCAACAGCUGCAGCAACAAGGCAAUGUCAUCACAACCUUAACAGCCGAGCUACUGCAGAUUCAAGAACAGCAAGAGGCCAUCCUGCAAGAAGUGAGUGAUGCAAGGGCCUCAGGGUUGUGGGGGGCAGGAGAGGUGGAGCUUGGUGGGGAUGGAAGAGCAGACAUGUUGGGUAGUCACAUUCCUUCAGGUAAACUUCAUGGGCUGAGGUCCAGUCCUCACCAGACCUCAAGUCGUCACCCUCAAAGAUCUAUUCUGAGGGCCACACGCACCAUACAUCAACCACAUCAGCGACAGUCUCCUCAGUCUUUAGGGAGAACGCAUCAAUCAAAUCACCCAACUCUGCCCUCGUCUCAUCGGCCUCCCCACUCCCCACGCCCCCACCAGCCUUCAUCACGUUCUCACACCCACAGCCUGCAGAUGCAUCGUCCCUCACCACCACCUGAACCUCCGCUCUCUCCCAGGCCAGACUCAGCCUCUCUUGCCAGUUACAAGGCUUCAGUGGCUCGUCAGAUCAGAGAUGCUUUAGGCAAUGAAAACUCUGUACCUGGAGCCAGGGAGAGGAAUUCAUCCACAUCAUCUCUAGGUUACUCUACAGUGCCGGAAGAAGCUUUGCAGAGGGAUAUAGGGGAGCAACAAUCCCAGAAUAAUAUAGGGGCUGCCAGUGAAGAAAACCUCCUUGCUGCAGAUCCUUCUUUCCCAGAGCGUCGGGAGAGGAAGAAACAGUAAGUGAGUUGUUUUAGUAUUGAUCUCAGCUUAGAACUGCUCCGCAUAUUUCUCUCAGCAAUGAUUGGUGCAUAUCAGUCUUUUAAACCAUGUCAUAAUACAUAUCAUUGCCCUGUGUAGCCAGUAACUACACCUUCUGGGACCAUUUUGUUAUGACUAAUGAGAUCUAAACAUUGAUAUUUCUCACUGACUUCUGGUUACCUUGUUUAUUUAUUUGUUAGAGGCAAAAGGUUAGUUAGAAAGUUAGCCAGAAACUAUCAGGCAGAAGUGACAUAUAUAUGCUGUAUGAAGUAAUGCUUUUAGUGUCAACUGAAGUACAAGAAUUUUAUACUUUUAGAUCAGAGGGCAUUAAUGUUCCUCUGGAAUUAAAAGAAAGCAAUUAAAUGCUUAUUUUAUCAGUGAUUUUCCCAAUCACAUAAUGUAUUUAAAAUGGCACAAUAAUUACCAUCAUUAUUCUAACUCAGUUUCACACACACUUGGCAGGAUAGGACAUUUAUAUGAGAGAAAGGUUACUCAGAGGAGAAAAGUUAAUCCCUCUCAAUGGACACACAUUUAGCUACAUGUUUUUUUUUCCCUUUGGUAUGUACAUUCUGUGCAAGUGAAUUAAACAGUCACUCAUUCACUGGCACCCUUCACAAGACAUGAUUUCUAAACCCAGCCAGUUGUUCAUUGCAAAUGUUUGUGGAAUCAGCCACUUGCUAGGCAUGUUUCAAUGCAGCAAGAUGCCACACACUACCACCACUCUCCUAAAGUCAUGGAUAUACUCUACAGUACCUCCUACAUAACUCUUCAUUUGUGAUCUUGCCAAUGUUAUUCCAUCCUACUCUGAAACACACAAUGUGUUCUUCACGCAUUUCUGAUACAGCUCUGUCCAGCCUGUCUCACAUCUCCCUUACCCCUACCCCAUAAAAACAAGUCCUUGUCCUGAUCCUCUUGUCCCUGCUGCAGAAAACAUUAUAAGUACAUUCCCUGACGUACCAUCUUGCUGUUUAACUGACCUCAACUCACAGAUUUCCCCACACCCACCCUGUACCUACUACAAGUACAUACAUCAGUACCCACACACACUUGCAGGCAUUUUUAGAAUCUAAUCUGCCCUCACUUUACACACAAUAUUUUUUGCACUGUAUGCUUGCACCUGCCCCACACUGCAGGUGUCCAUGGGACCCACACUCAUGACCAAACCCACACAGACUACUGAUGUGAUGUGUGGUGUUACCUUCACUUCAGUUCCAGCAAAUGGCUUGUUCUUGUUAGCUGAACUUUCAGUUCACAAUAUGUUUACCACACCUGCACUGGGGUCACUUUUGUAAGGACAAGAAGUAGAAGAAUAUGAAUAGGAGGAGAAGGAAACUGAAACAGGAGAAAGAUCAUAAAGAUGAACUUCCAUGCUCCCGGAGAGACCCAGGGGAUGCUACAUUCCAGGCAGGGGUGGGCAGAGUGACAGCUGGACAUCUUGCUGACAGUCUUCCACUCAUACUCAGAAAUAUAGCCCACAUGGCUGGCUGGGAAGAUGCGAGACAUCCUGUUCAGUGGCUGGGAAGAGGUUGAACUUAAUCUUCCCACCUUCAGGCAGCUCUCAUUCUCCUAGCUACAAAAAAUUAUAUUGGGUAUAGAUGACCCAUACAUAGAG